CCGCCCGCUCGAGGCGAAGGAAAGAGGAAGACAACAACGGAGUCGCUUCCACGGAGAUUAAGGGAAGCGCCUCGUCGGAGCCUGAAGGAAAACGCACGGGUUUGUGUCUUGAACCCACAAACAGCCAGCUUUGGUCGUUUUGCUGACGGAACCUUGAAGCGGGAGAUGUUUUCCUGAGGAGACUGGUAACGGCGCAAACGGAGCGGGUUUCCGGUUCCGGUGAAGCUCCCUGAAGUCCUGGCGGAGGGUCACUCACUAAGCAGCCAGACAUGGGACAUGGACAUGAGCACGGUCAUGGAAAAAUGGAGCUUCCAGAUUACAAAAUGUGGAAGAUAGAAGGUACUCCCCUGGAGGUAGUCCAAGAAAGGCUGGCUCGGCGGGGACUCAAGGAUCCAUGGCUUCGCAAUGAAGCAUGGCGAUACAUGGGUGGCUUUGCAAAACCUGUCACUCUCAUGGAUGUUUUCGGCAAAGGAUUCAAGUGGGGAUUUGCAGCCUUCGUGGUAUCCAUUGCAAUUGAAUAUGCAUUUUUCCCACCAAAGAAAGAUGACGGGCAUCACUGAAGACAUUUUUUCUUUUGCUCCUAAAUUAUCUGUCACUUACAGGUUCUGAUUUUGCAUGGCAAGAUCCUAUUAAAGCUGUUCAUGAAGAA